AUCACCAGCCGAGGAGCUGCUCAUUUUUCUGCUGAGCUGAUCUGGACCUCUGGUUCAGUCCAGAAGUCCAGCAGGCAAACAGAGCUGGGGUGGAGGGGUGAAGGGGUUCCCUGCUUCUGUUAUCUAACCCGGGUUAAUCAGCAAGCAGCCGCUCUAUACAGCAGCAUUAUGGACUGUACACACUGUUAUUGAGUGGUUGUCAUCUGCCUGGGUCACUGACACAAUAGUCCUCAUUGUCACCAGAUCCACGGCGGAGAGAAGCUCGACAGGUCUUAAGUUACCCCUGAAGGGCAGCUGAGCAAGUCUCCCACACCUAGUUUCCACGCGCGGAGGCGCUGACAUCCAUCACCAAAAACCUUGGUUCAACUGCAGACGACGCGACUUUAACUCGCAACAAAGUCGAGUGAACACAAGCGGGAGAGCUGGCCGUCACGUGGAGGCUCGGAAGGAGAUGCCAGCGGCUCGGAAACACCCGUGUCAACUCACCUUGUUCAACUUUAAAGCUCUUCUUUCAGCCUCUCUCCAUUUGCAGCGUCUUCGUGACUCAACUCUCCCAGAAGAAGCGCAGGUGAACCAUUUCCGUGAUCAGAAAAAAACAGCGUCUUCAAGGAAGCGUCCGCGAAAGUUGGCCACUGAAAGUCCGACUGCGUGUGAGUGGAGCGGACCCCCGCGCUGGCUGUCCCGUCCGUGGACGCUGCGCUGGAGCGCGAAGUGCGACUGAAGGGAAGCGCGAGUGCGGACCUGGAGUUUCCCACCUGGAGAGUGGGACGUGCUCAGCCAGUCAUGGACAAAGACCAUGAGGAGGAGGAGGAGGAGGAGGAGGAUGAGGAGGAGGGAACUCUGAAGACCCGCCUCUCCGCAGAGACGACACCGGAUCAGGGAGCAGACCCACAACCAUGGAUGAAGAUGGAGCAGGAGGAGAUGAAAAGCUUGGGGAUCAUCUUCGACCAAUGCGUCCAGCAGGUGACCCAGUUGGAGAUGCACAGAGAGCAUCUGAUAGAGGAGCUCCUGAGCCUACAAGAGCCGAUGGUCCGAGCCGUGGAGCGUCUGAGGAGGAAGCUGGAGGAGACGAAGAGACAGGUGACGCUGUCUCAGCUGGACCUGAUCUCCGUCCAUGAGCAGGUCCAGCUGGUGAAGAGGAGGCUGUUCUGCACAGCCAGAGACUGCAUCCAGAGUCAGGUGGUGUUGACCCAGCAGGAGUAUGAGGUGGCCCAGUCCAGCGUCACCAAGGUUGGAAACUCAUUGAUCAUAUGCAUGAAUGGGAAGAUCAGAUAUCAUCGUGUCCGACCACAGGAGGAGCUCAAAGCCCAAAUCCAGAGUCUUAACUUCCAGAGGAACCAGCUGAAGGAGGCUCACCAGAACCAGAUGGUCGAUAUCCGGGAGCGGGCCAAGACCCAUCACAGACCAAGAGCGAUGAGCGAGGUAGCCCUGUGCCGGCAGGCGUCAGCCCGACUUGGGCGGCGGCUCAGCGGCAGCCUGAAGGUUCUGGACGGCUGGUACGAACCCAGAAUGGUGGCCUUGCUGAAAAGGAGGCAGAUGGCGGAGGAAACCCUGAGAGCGACCAAAGCGCAGGUGAGCGACCUGAGGGCCAGACUGGGGCCCCUCAGCGAGGACCUACAGAAACUGCUGGUGCACAGGUCCAGUCUGGAGAAGAGAGUGGAACUGGUUGAGGCGGAGAGGGCGGAGAACAUGGCACAAUUCAAGGAGACGGAGGAGAUGCUGCAGGAGGCCAUGGUGGAGCUGACCGUGGAGUUUGAGAUCCAAAAACGGUCCAAAAGAACUUUACAGGGACUAGUUGAAGGCCUCCAAGAGGAACUAGCUCUUCUCAGAGGCAAAGAGGAGAGAAGAAAAGUGGCCAGAGCUCUGCCGAGCCCUCAAUGCUAGUGUAUUUGAUCUUGAUAGGCUGCCGUUUUGGAACAUCUGAGAUCAGCGGUCUUCUCCUGAUAUCUUCAAAAGAAUCCUGGAUGGCAAGCCAGGACAGCACCAAAAUACAUAACAGGUCUUGAAUAUUUUAAUUGAAAUCCAGUCAGAACUUCAACUACUUUGCAAGCCAGUUAAACAACUCAGAAGCCAACGCUCCUGCGCUCCUCAGCAAUUCUCAGUCACAGAAAAUAAGUUCUUGGCACAAGUGGUUCAACAUCUCCCUCAUCUUUCCUUUAGAAGCUACUGCUGCAAA